AAUAUGAUUAUUGCAAGAGCUCAUUUGCUGACAUGAAGAUUACACUGUAUGCUUGGUUUCGUUGACAUAUAUGCUAUAGUAAAAGAUGGAACGAAGGAUAGAUUUGUUUAUGGCUCCAAGGCUGGUCACGUUCGUAGGACAGAAGGCAGGGUAGAAUACGGUGAAAGGAUGCCUUUCUUUAUGUCAAUCCAUCUAAUUUAUGCCUUUAAGAUUGAAAUUGUGACUGCGAAUCACAAUUGGUUGGCUUUUCAAAUGUUUCUCGGAAAGGAGAACGCACGCGAAAGCUGAAAGCUCCUCAGUGAUCAAGUUGGAAGGAGGUCAACGAUUCACGGGUCGAUGACUCUUGAACUGUGGCGUUUGCCCAACCUUGCCUACAAAAUGAAAUAGUUAAGAAAAGCUAUUCAAUCUCACUUUGUUUUCCAUCCCUUCUAGUUCCUUCUUGGCAGGUUUUUGUUCUUCCAAAAUUGGAAUAGUUGCUCCAGUUUUCCUGAUUUUUCUCUUGGCUUCCCUCACUUGUCUGGUAUUUUUCAAUUUCUGGCCGACCAAGGAGGUUCCAUAAAGUGGGUAUUUGUUCUCUGUUAAGGAAGAGCGAUCACGUUUGUAAGCGGUUAGUAGCAUGGCAGGAGGCUUCAGAAGAAGGAAUUAGGCUACGGGGACCCCAUCUCUCCAGCUGUUGCGAGUGACAAAGAUCGGCGGUCGACCAUCUGUCCGACCGGCAAGUGGCUCUGUUGCCAUCUCUCUUCAGCAGGCAGCACAAAAGAUUGACUAUGUUCAUCCUUUCCUUCUUUACAGCACCCCCACCUUGCCAGUCUAAUACAGGAGUCUGAAUUCCAGCUUGUUCCUUUGAGGUGAACGUGAUGCAAGAUCAGUUGAGCUUAUGAAAUCUCCAAAAUCCUGGGUUGUGGAGGAAACAAAUGCGGAUGAAGACAGUUGGGUCAUUGUUAGAAAACAAAAGAUCAGAGUCUUCAUUCCUCCAUUAUCAGUGGCUGUAACCACUGAUCAUGAGAAAUCAAGGAAUAAGCGGAUUCAGCCUGGUGUCAGAAAGAGAGGCAGACCCAAGCAAAAACAAACUCAAUGUGGGGAACACCAAAAGACCUCUGGAUCUAACAUCUCAGCUGGUUUGCUUAGUCCUGCAAAGAAUGAGCAGUCAAUUGUGACACCAGCAAUUGUUACAGAAGCACCUAAUAUUGUUACUGAAUCUUCUGGUUUGCCUUCUCAAAAGGAUGUAGAACAAGGAUCUAAUGAAUUGUCCAGUCAAAAAACUGCAGACUUAACUUCACAUGUAUAUCACUUAUCGGAGGAUCAGUUGCUAGAGGACAAUGACAAGAAUGGCGACUCUGGGAACCGUGUCAAUGAUUCUCAAAAUGUUGUGGGAGAACCAUCAUCAACAUUGCAGCCUCUGUCAGAGGCUGAGUCUGCAAAAAUCCCACAGGAGCAGCAAGACUUCAGACCGCUUGAAUCAGUUCAAUAUCCUAACAAUUGCAGGGUACAAGAUCGAAAUAUACGGGCUUUAGUUCUUGACCAUAAGCUUGAAUUGGCUGGUGGAGUGAACAAGUGGUUAAUUUCAAAAGGUUUAGAGAGGUUCGUGGAUAUUUUCCAGAAAGAAAAAAUGGGAAAUUUUGAAUUGCUGAAUUUAACCAUGGAAAGACUUAAGGACAUGGGUUUAAACGCUGUUGGACCUAGGAGGAAACUGAUGCAUGCCAUUGAUUGUCUAACUCAGCCUUAGCAUGAUCCUCCUGCCAUAAUCACCAUAAUUGCUGAGCUCAGGCUCUACGAGAUUACUGGCUCCAUGGUGUAUCUAGUGGAAAUUCUGCAAUGUUAGUACUCUCUCUCUCUCUCUC